AUGUGGUCGCAUCUCCCCCCUCGUGAAAAGCCGUACUUAGGGAUCAUGAAUCAAGGCGUGGACGAGUGGAGUCGUGACCCAACCCACGAAGACGAUGAUGAUGACGAUGACGAUGAGAUUGUUUACGACGACGACGAAGAUGAAUUUGGACUUCCAAGUCUUGCCAGUAUGAGGAGGAAGAGAUCAGGCCCUAUAAAGGCCGGAAGUAUUAAUUCCAGCGGCUCGAUAGGAGGAAAUCCUUCCUCUCUAGGGUUCAGCCUUGCGGCCAACAACAGACAACGAGCGAAUAGCUCAGAUAUUGCCGAGGAACGCGGCGCUCCCAUGUACCCUACAGCACGAAAGGGGGAAGGAAAGAUCCUUCGGCCCCAGUACAAAGAUAUUCUGCAAGAUCCUGCAAAUGCUUUGAAUUUGAUCAACCACACUGCGCCGCCGACUAAUGCUACACCUAAGGAAAGGGAUAUGCAUUCGAGCCGUAUAUCACGAAUUAACAAAUUCAAGCGUAUUUUGCAGGCAAGCACGGUAUCUAUCACUGAACUGCGAGACCUUGCAUGGUCUGGUAUUCCAGAAGAGGUUCGACCGAUGACCUGGCAGCUUCUACUUGGCUAUCUACCCACCAAUAGUGAGCGACGUAUAUCGACACUUGAGAGAAAGCGCAAGGAGUAUCUUGACGGAGUACGGCAGGCCUUCGAACGAGGCAGCGGAGCGGCAGCGGCAAAUCCUCCUUCUUCGAGCACAGGCCGUGGACGAGGUCUGGACGAAGCAGUAUGGCACCAGAUCAGCAUAGAUGUCCCUCGAACAAGUCCUCAUCUUCCACUCUACGGCUAUGAAGCUACACAGCGUUCUCUUGAGCGCAUCUUGUAUGUGUGGGCCAUCCGACACCCUGCCAGUGGUUAUGUGCAAGGCAUCAACGAUUUGGUAACACCUUUCUUCCAAGUUUUCCUGGGCGUCUACAUCACCAAUCUGAAUGUUGAAGAAGGUAUGGACCCAGGCCAGCUUCCCCGGAGCGUACUGGAUGCAGUGGAAGCCGAUACUUUCUGGUGUAUAACGAAGCUUCUUGAUGGCAUUCAAGAUAACUACAUCUAUGCUCAGCCUGGCAUUCACCGGCAGGUUCGAGCACUGCGAGAUUUGACUGUACGCAUUGACUCUGCUCUAGCCAAACAUCUCGAGCAAGAGGGCGUGGAGUUCAUGCAAUUUAGCUUCCGAUGGAUGAAUUGUUUGCUCAUGCGGGAAAUGAAUAUCAAGAACACAAUACGCAUGUGGGAUACGUACAUGGCCGAGGAGCAGGGCUUCUCACGCUUUCAUCUGUACGUCUGUGCUGCAUUCUUGGUCAAAUGGACGGAUCAGCUCCUGAAGAUGGAUUUCCAGGAAAUCAUGAUGUUCCUCCAAGCAUUGCCCACGAAGGACUGGACUGAGAAAGAUAUCGAGCUCUUGCUGAGUGAAGCGUUUAUCUGGCAGAGCCUAUUCCAGGACUCCGCUGCGCACCUCCGCGCUGCCGGUGAACCGCCUGAAAAUGGUAUCUUUUAUUGA